AUGCGUGUGGUAAGCGAGCACCCACUGAUACAAAACAAAGCAGUAUCGCAUCGUGAAGGUAUUUCUACUGCAUUUGAUAUAGGAAACAGCGGAUUAUUACUAAACCACCGACGAUCGUUCUGGGCCGUCCUACCACAGACGGAAGAGAAACCUUCGAUCGGAAAACCACCAAGUAAGUCGCCCCAUCAUUGGUCCUUCGAGCCGGAUACGGAGGAACCCCCUACCAGAAAGGAUCGGUGCGGAGGACAGAUCGAGUUGUACGAUAAACCGGAGAUGUUGGAUACCCAUCUGCAAGAGAGAAUGGAUUUCGAGACGCGUUAUUGUACGGUCAAAGGAUUUCUGCUCUCCAAUCGUGCUGCGGACCUCAACUCAACCAUGCUGAACAGCACUAUGGCGGCACCUGCUCAUGCGUCGUCCUCGUUCCAUCUACGAUUACCCAAGAUCGAUCUUCCCAAGUUUAGCGGUGACUUCUCGCGUUGGCUCGCUUUCCGUGACACGUAUACGUCGAUGAUCCACAGCAAUGCAGAUAUUCCGACGGUUGUGAAGCUGCAGUACUUGCUGCAAUCGCUAGAGGGAGAAGACCGGAAACCUUUCGAGUCCGUAGUCAUUGAAGCGGACAAUUACGCAUCGACUUGGGAAGCAUUGCUAAAGCGGUAUGACAACAAGCGAUUCCUGAAAAGUCAGCUCUUCCGAGCCCUGUACGACCUCCCACCGGUCAAGCGAGAAAACCCUCCAGAAAUCCAAGGAUUGGCUGACGAUUUCCAUUGGCAUGUGCGGGCUUUGGCAAAGUUAGGCGAGCCAGUCCAGUAUUGGGACACCCCGUUGGUAAACCUCCUUUCCUACAAGUUGGAUCCAACUACGCUACGUGCUUGGGAGGAGAAAACCAGCAAUAACGUCGACGUUACCUAUUGUAUGCUGAUCGAGUUCCUCUACCAGCGUGCCCGAUUGCUGACAUCUGUCGUAACUGACCUGCAAUAUCGGUCCCAACAACCGGUUACAGCCAAGGUGGCCGGUCCGAUUCCAACCCCAAAGCCGUUCAAGGUGGCGUACAAGGCAGCUACCGUUGAACCGAACUACAGUGCUCCCUCGCGCCUCGCUUGUCCAGACAAGCAUUUCCUCUUUCAAUGCCCUGCAUUUUCCGAGGUGUCCGUCCGUCAGCGCCGUGAGCUAGUUUUCCAAAAGCGCUUAUGCUGGAAUUGUUUCCGUACUGGACACCAAGCCAGGAACUGUACCUCCAAGUUCUCUUGCCGUUACUGUCACGAAAAACACCACUCCCUGCUGCACGAGUCAGAACCGCCGAAGAUGCUAUCGACUCAUAUUAUCGAGGAAAGUCAGCCGAUUCCCUCGACGUCCGCCAUCGCUGACCCUUCCACCUCGGCGAAGCCGAACAGCCAAAUAAGCCUAUCAGUUCAGGCUGAGCACAGUACAGUUUUACUGGAAACUGUUUCCCUCUUCGUCGUAGAUCAGAAUGGCAAGAAGAUCCCCGCACGUGCAUUUCUGAAUUCCGGAUCCAUGUGCAACUUCAUCACCAAGAAGCUUGCAAAUUCCCUGAACAUUCAUCGCAUCAAUGUGGAUAUCGCAGUAGCUGGCAUAGCUGAAUCAACCAAGCAGAUAAAGUGCCAAUUGACAGCUAUGAUCAAGUCGAAGUCGACACCGUACUCCACCAAACUUGAGUUCCUGAUCCUCAAGAGACCGACGGUCAACCUUCCAACCGUUCCGAUCGACAUUUCCACGUGGAAUCUUCCCAAGUUGUCGUUGGCAGACCCCAGAUUCCAUAUCCCAUCCGACAUUGACAUGAUUGUCGGUGGUGAAGCGUAUCAUGAGCUGCAUCCUGGCAGCAAGCGUUCCCUGGGAGAGGGAUUACCGUUGCUAAUAGAGACGGUGUUCGGAUGGACUGUUUCCGGGAAGAUAUCCAUCAAUCAUCCCACCAUUCCCCGCGUCUGUCAUCUAACCACUGUCGAUCGAAGCUUAGAACAAGCGUUGCAGAAAUUCUGGGAGCUAGAAGCUGUUGAGCCGUAUUCUGUGUAUUCCGCAGAAGAAAAACAAUGUGAAGAACUUUACACUACUACCACCACUCGCGAUUCGUUCGGUCGUUAUCUCGUUCGUUUGCCACUCACCCGUGAUCCGCUAGUCAACCUCGGCGAAUCCAGAGCCAUUGCCGAACGUCGUUUCCUGAGCCUUGAGAAGCGACUAAAGCGUGAUCCUCCCACCAAGGAUGCAUACUGCAAGUUCAUGGACGAAUACGCACGAAUGGCGCACAUAAAGAAACUCGUCGAUUCAGUAGACGAUGUGAAUCCGCACUGCUACCUCCCGCACCAUCCUGUGUUCAAGGAAUCCAGCACAACCACGAAGGUCCGGGUUGUUUUCAACGCGUCGUGUAAAACAUCGUCUGGAUUUUCCGUCAACGAUAAGCAGCUCGUUGGACCUGUCGUCCUGGAGGACCUGUUGUCUAUCGUCAUGAGGUUUCGCUCACACCCGAUCGCCAUCGUAGCCGACAUCGAAAAGAUGUACCGACAGAUUCAGCUGCAUCCCGAAGACCGACCGCUUCAACGCAUUCUCUGGCGUUCCAACCGACGAUCCGCUCAUAGCGACGAAGGCGACAAGUACCCCGCCUCCGUAGAUGCUGUGAAGCAGGAUUUUUACGUCGAUGACUUUUUAUCGGGAGCUGACGAUGUCCAAUCCGCAAUCCGCCUUCGCCAAGAAGUUUCCGCCAUGCUUUCGUCAGCUGGCCUUCCGUUAAAGAAGUGGGCAUCCAAUUCCUCCGAAGUCCUUGCGCAAGUGCCGCAAGAAGAUUUCGCUCUACUGCCUCUGCAUGAUCUCCAGGACGAACAAUCCGUAUCCACCCUAGGACUCGUGUGGGAGUCUAAGUCCGAUACGAUGCGCUUCAAGGUCCAGUUGCCUCUACCAGCACCCGUUCUGACCAAAAGGAAGCGAAGCUGUUCAUGCAGUGUCUGUGGGCAUUGUCCGCUACCUCCGCAUCUCCAAGGCGAAUGGAAGGAGUUCCAUGGUACGCUGGACGCAAUCUCCACAAUCCGCAUUCCCAGAUUCGUGUCGCAGGUCAAGACCGAAACCAUCCAGCUCCACUUUUUCUCCGAUGCUUCAGAGAAGGUCGCACCGUUAGCCACCUACCAAUCGAUUGCGCGCCUAGAGUUAUGUGCCGCCGUGUUGUCGGCUAAUCUAUAUGAGAAGGUGAUGAAGUCCCUUAAGACAGCGUGCGAAGUGUUCUUCUGGGUUGAUUCGACGAUAGUCCUCUACUGGCUGCAAUCGUGCCCAUCGCGCUGGAAAACGUUCGUGGUAAACCGAGUGUCCACAAUUCAAUCCACUACCGGAUCUUGCUCCUGGCAGCACGUCCCCGAAGAAUCCAACCCAGCAGACCUUAUAUCCCGAGGUGUAAAUCCGGCCGAUAUCGUGAACCUCGAGUUUUGGUGGAUGGGACCGCAAUGGCUAUCGGUUUCAUCACACCACUGGCCACGCACUGUGCUACCAGCGUGCGAUUUGUCCACAAUGCCAGAGAGCAAAGGCAACGUCGCCAUGAUGUCGGUAGCGGUUGCCGAACCAUCUUUCUCCGCUCGACUUUUCAGUCGCUAUUCCAGCUUCACGAAGCCACGACGUUCCAUCGCGUAUUGGAUGCGAUAUUUCCGCACUCUACGAGCUGCCGUCCAGAAGACCAAACCAGAGCCGUUUGAGUCUCUUUCCACACCUGAUCUACGCGAUGCUGAUCUAGCAUUGUGCCGAAUUGCCCAACGUGAGAUGUUCUCCAAGGAGCUGUCCAAGAUAUCCCAACGCAAUCUCCUUCCAGCAUCGUUGAAGUGGCUGAAACCGGUGAUGUAUAAAGACGGCGUUAUUCGAGUCGGUGGGAGACUCAAGCACGCCGCAGUUUCGAAAAAAGUGAAGCACCCGAUAAUGCUGCUUGCGAAGCACCCGCUACCGUGUUGUUGUCAGAGCACUACCACUACAAUCUGCUGCACGCAGAACCACAGCUGA